UCAGGAAAUGGAGCUGGGGAGAGGAAAACCUGCAUAACAACGAAAGAAAUUCAGGACUUAAAAGAAAUGAGUCAAACAUCCCUGAAACAGAAAAAGAAGAAUGAGACUGGAUCGAGGAACUCAAAAGACAGCUUAGACACAGAGAAAAGAAAGGAUUCUGAGAAAUCAGGAGUUCGUCUGAGCACUCAGAUGAGGCGUGCAGUCAAUCCGAAUCACUUGCUGAGAUGUUGCCCCAUGCGAGGUCACUCGUCGUGUAGACGCUGCCUUUGUGCAGCUGAGGGAACAGUACCUCUUGGCCCCUGCCGCACAAUACGUAUUUAUAUUCACAUGUGCCUGUUGUGGGAGCAGGGCCGGCAGAUCACCAUGAUCAGGGGAUCACAGGAAUUAUCAUUGCCAAAGACUGAUUCCCGGGGGUACGUUGUACGAAAUCAGUGGUCCCGAACUUCACGGAGCCCAUCCACCAGAGCUCCAUCAGUAGACGAACCCAGAAGCAAGAACACCAGUCUUAAGGUAGAGAUGGGAGAUGAAAUGAAGAGGAAUCUCCCCAGUAGCUCCACAACCUCCCGGACUUCAUCCACCUCCCCCAGCCAGCAAGAGUCCCUGAAGCAGCUGUCAGAGGAGCCCUCGCCACCCACACCACCUUUGCCUUCCACUCCACCUAUGCCUCUGGACUCACAUCCUCCCACCCCGCCCGAGCCCUUUAGCUCCUCCAGGCGCAGCACCAAGAUGCACGAGAAUCCUGAAGCCUGGGCACAGGGCAUCCUGCGGGAAAUCCGGGACUCCCGGGACUCCAUGCCUCAGAGAGAUUACCCGCGCACACCCCCCACUGAAUGGAAGGCCUAUAUCCAGCGCAGAUCAACCUACUCUUCCCAGCUAGAUCAGGACUGUCUGUCAGAACUGCCCCGGCAGCAUCACCAACGAGAGGAAGAGGAGGACGAGGACGAAGCCUAUUGGGCCUCGGUGAAAACUCUGUAUGAGAAGAUCCCCAGCUGCUCCCGCCCCCGACCGCCCAAACCCAAGAAUGCCAUCACCAUCGCUGUGUCAUCCCGGGCGCUUUUCAACAUGGUGGACGGGAGGAAAAUCUAUGAGGAGGAGGGUCUAGAAAAGUACAUGGAAUAUCAACUCAACAACGAAAAUGUUAUCCUGACCCCAGGACCCGCCUUCCGCUUUGUUAAGGCACUGCAGCAUGUCAAUGCUAGACUCCGUGAGCUGUAUCCUAGUGAACAGGACUUAUUUGAUAUUGUACUGAUGACUAAUAACCAUGCCCAAGUGGGAGUGCGGCUUAUAAACAGCGUCAAUCACUAUGGCUUAUUAAUUGACCGCUUCUGUCUGACUGGUGGAAAAAGCCCCAUUGGCUAUUUGAAGGCAUAUCUUACCAACUUGUAUCUUUCUGCAGAUUCUGAAAAAGUACAAGAAGCAAUACAAGAAGGCAUCGCCUCUGCAACAAUGUUUGAUGGAGCCAAAGACAUGGCUUACUGUGACACACAGCUCCGUGUGGCCUUUGAUGGGGAUGCCGUACUCUUCUCUGAUGAAUCUGAACAUAUUGCCAAGGAGCACGGGCUGGACAAAUUCUUUCAACAUGAAACACUAUUUGAGAAUAAGCCUCUUGCUCAGGGUCCCUUAAAAGGCUUUCUGGAAGAUUUAGGCAGACUGCAAAAGAAGUUUUAUGCCAAAGACGAACGGUUACUUUGCCCUAUCAGGACCUACCUGGUAACAGCCAGGAGUGCAGCCAGUUCAGGCGCCCGAGUGCUGAAAACCCUUCGCCGCUGGGGUCUAGAGAUAGACGAAGCUCUUUUCCUUGCUGGAGCCCCCAAAGGUCCUAUUUUGGUGAAGAUAAGGCCACACAUUUUCUUUGAUGACCACAUGUUCCACAUUGAAGGGGCACAGAAGUUUGGCACCAUCACAGCUCAUGUACCUUAUGGCAUUAAUCAAAAAAUGAACAAUUAGGGAUGGGGAGGAGAAAUAAAGCAGUAAGUCCGGUAUUAC